AUGUCGUUUCAAUCAAUUCGUUUAUGGUUUCGUUUAUUUAUUGUAAAUGAUCUUGCAACGAUUCUUGUUUUAUUUAUUUGGUUAAUUAUUAAUAUUUCUCUAUUUAUUGGACAAUUUUUUACUUAUCAUCAAUCACGAUCUUAUUUUUAUUUACGUGCAUUAAUCUCCGAUGGUUUAAGUAUUGCACGAGCAUCUGCAUUAUGUUUAAAUUUUAAUUGUUUUUUAAUUCUUUUACCUGUUUGUCGAAAUUUACUUUCACUUAUACGAUAUAUUUUACCAAGAUGUAUAACACAAUCACGUUUUCGUCGUUUUGCAAUACGUCUUUUUGAUCAACAUAUUGGUUUUCAUCGUUGUAUUGGUUAUGCUAUUUGUUUUUGGUCAUUAUUACAUGUUGGAGCACAUAUUUAUAAUUAUGAACGUUUAAUUGAUAUUCGUAAUGAAUAUCUUACACUUCCAGCAGUACUUAAUUUACUUUAUUUACAAUCAUCUGAUUCUGAAAUUAAUCCAUUCGAUAGAAUUAAUUCAAAUACUUUAAGUGUAGGAGCAAUGUUAAGUACAACACCAGGCAUUACAGGAGUGAUAUUAUGUAUUUGUUUAAUCAUGAUAUUUAGUUCAUCAACAUCACUUAUUCGUCGAUCAUUUUAUGAAAUAUUUUGGUUUGCACAUCAUCUUUUUAUUAUUUUUUUUAUUUGUAUUAUUAUUCAUGGUUUUCAAGGUUUAAUUAAAUCUCAAACAAAUCUCAAUCAACAUAAUCCAGAUAUAUGUGCUUCACUUUAUCGUGAAUGGGGUAUUAAUCAACAAUGUCUUAUCUAUCCACGUUUUACUGGUUCAUCAGCAACAAGUUGGAUAUGGUUAUUAGUUCCAUUAGUUCUCUAUACUCUUGAACGUAUUCUUCGUUUUAUACGUAGUUUACAACGUGUUGAAAUAAUAAAUGUUAUUCGACAUGAAUCAAAUGUUAUUCAAAUACGUUUUCGUACUAAAUUUAUGGUUACACCUCAACCCGGUCAAUAUAUAUAUUUAAAAUGUUUUUCCAUAGCUAAAUUUGAAUGGCAUCCUUUUACUGUUACAUCUGCACCUGAAGAAGAUUAUGUAAGUGUUCAUAUACGAACAAUUGGUAAUUGGACAAAAGAAUUAGGAGAAAAAUUUCUAAUGUAUCCACAAGAUAUACCAAGAUUAGGUGUUGAUGGGCCAUAUGGUAGUCCUGCUGAUGAUGUUUUUAAUUAUGAUGGUGUUAUACUUGUUGGUGCUGGUAUUGGAGUAACACCAUAUGCAGCAAUUUUGAAACAUAUUCGUUCAUCACAAGCAAAUCAUGUUCGUCUUCGUCGUGUAUAUUUUUAUUGGAUAUGUAAUACAACAUCUUGUUAUGAAUGGUUUGCUGAGAUGCUUCAACAACUUGAACAUGAUCUUCGAGAUCGACCAAAUUUUUUAACAUACAAUAUUUAUUUAACACAAUGGUCAAUGGGACAAGCUCGAGCAGUUGUAAAUAAUAAUACAGAUGAACGUGACAUUUGGACAGGUUUAGAAAGUAAAACACAUUAUGGUCGACCAAAUUUUGAUGUUGAUUUUCAAGCGAUAAUUAACGAAAAUUGGGAAAUGACAGAAAAACGUGAUAUUGGUGUAUUUGUUUGUGGUCCAGAACCAAUUGUUAAACAACUUCAACGAUUAUGUAUUAAAAUAAAUGAUCAUAAAUCAUCAACAAAUAAAGUUCAGUUUUAUUUAAAUAAAGAAAAUUUUUAA